UCUUUCCUACCGAGUUAACCUAGUAUUCUCUCCUUGCCUUCCAAUCUUCCACAUCUAUAAAACCCCCUUGGGACAUAAGAACCAAUGGAGAAAACAGAUUUUACAGAAUUCACAGUUGCUAUAACAUUUCAUUAGUCACUCCAAACAUGGCUUAUAAGCAUUUCUUGUCUUUCUUUUUGCCACUUCUGUUUAUCAGUAUGUCAUUGCUGAACACCGAUGCACGCCAGCUUCUGGAAAUAACAUUGCCAGAAAUACCUGAGCUUCCUAAACCUGAAUUGCCCGAGCUGCCAUCUUUUCCUAAAGUUGAACUGCCACUACUACCAGAAUUGCCAGAUUUGCCAGGGCUCGAAGUGCCAGAACCAGAAUUACCUGACUUGUCAUCUCUUCCUGGAAUACCUGAGCUGGCUAAACCAACAAUACCUGCAAAACCAACUACUCCUGAGGACAUUAAUUCUUUUCAUUCAACUACUAGUCCUUAAAAAGGCUGUACCUUCUCAUGCUUCUUUAAGGCCUAGUUCUUGCUACUGCAUUGCUGUUUAGUGUUUACCUUCUUUCUACUUGAGAGUUGCUCUGUUGGAGAGUUUGUUGUGUUUUUAUACUAUCAUGUCUUUCAGUUACAACUACAAUUGAUAGUACAGUCACUGUACCCGUGGUUCUUAACUUCAUGUUGAAUCUGUAAUAAUAUUGAUAUAUUUUUAAG